AUGUCUUCAACCAAAUUGGCAGGCUCAGCAGGAGCUAUUGUAGAGCGUGUCGGUAACUUUGAGGAGGUACAAUCUAAGCGCCCCGACUUUGACCACUCUGGUGCGCCAAGAGAGGUCACAAAGUCUCCCGAUCCUACUUGGUCCUACGGCCAGGGAGUCCGCACCAGGGAAACCAUCUCCGCAACCCACAAGGAGAUUGAUCCCUAUGCACCAGACCGUUCCAUGAUCAAUAACUAUCGUCUGCUCGUGUCUGGAAUUGCACCCAGGCCCGUGGGGUUUCUGAGCACCUUGUCAAAGGACGGCAAGAAGAACCUCGCGCCGUUUAGCUACUUCCAAGUCAUUGACCAUGACCCACUCAUGUUUAUAGUCGGCUUCUCAUCUCGGCCGGGCGCUGUCAAAGACUCGUAUCGGAAUCUCCAGGAGACGGGCGAGUGUGUCAUCAACACAGUUUCGGAAGACAUGAUUGAGGCGGUCAAUGCCACGUCCAUCGACGCGCCGCACGGCGUUUCCGAGUGGGCUAUUUCUGGGCUGCACGAGGGAGAGACGACGACGGUCAAGCCUCCGAGAGUUUUGGAGUCGGUCUUUUCGAUAGAGGCAAAGGUAGUAGACAGUAAAGAGUUUAGCGACCACGCCCAGGAGGGAAAGAGCGUGGCCGGCAUGGUUCUACUCAAGGCUACUCGAUCCUGGGUUAGGGAAGAUGCUGCUGACCCAGAAUCCAGUCGCAUUGAACUCGAGAAAUUGCGUCGGGUUGGUCAGCUAGGUGGGAAGUCUUCUGUCGCGCCAAAAGAUCCGUGGAAAUCGCUUGUCGAACGAAGCAUCAACGCAUGGCCGGCGCGGAUGGCGGACAUGCAUAGACUUGCGGGAGACUUCUUGCAGCAUUACAGUAGCCUAGAUGACUUCCUAUGCGCUCCACAGGCAAAUCUACUGUUCUGGUUCUUUCAACGGAGACAAGCGUUCCUCUCCCAAAAGAGGCUGUCAAAGUGGAGCAGAGAUCGUCUGGCGGAUUAUAUUCUCAUGCCCGCUUCCAACGGAUUCGUCUCACGGGCAGAGUGUCUCUUUGUCAGCCACUUUUGGACCACAAGCGACGAUCCAGAUCCUGAUGGCACGAACUUGCGCCUUCACCAGAACCUACUCGCGCCUCAGUCUUGGUUAUAUAUCUGGGUUGACUGGACGUGCAUCCCGCAACAUCCCCGAACCGAGAAGGAGGAGGCUUACUUCUUGCGCGGGCUUGAGACAAUGCCGGGCAUCAUUCGAAACUGCGGGUUCAGUUGGUUUUAUCCGCCCUUCCAAGCCCGCUUGUGGAUCUUGUAUGAGAUCGCCGAGUAUAGCCUUACGUGCGACUACGGGAUUGAGGAGACUGAAGACAACAAGGAAUUUGUGAAACACAUCCAAGAAAUGCAGGAGGUUGGGGUGCGGGUUCCCGAUGGAGUUGUGGAGUUUUUCAGGUUCGAUGGGUUUUUAGACUUUCAAGGAGAGCGUCAUAAACUCACCGCGUUUCCCAAGUGGGGGGAGGGCAAAUAUUCCGCCAAUGCCAUAUCUUCAGACUCUCAGAAGCGCUAG